CUCACAUAUAAAUAUUGGUCUAGAUUAUGCCAUAAGUUCCCACAAAACAAAGCUGAGAAGUAACUUUCCUUCUUUUCAGAGAGAAAAUUAAAAAAGAAAGAGUGAGAUGAAAAAUGUGCAAGAAGAAUACCGCAAAGGACCGUGGACAGAACAGGAGGACAUCCUCUUGGUCAACUUUGUCCACGCUUUCGGAGAUCGAAGAUGGGAUUUUGUAGCCAAAGUUUCAGGUUUGAAGGUGGAGGGAGAAACAUGAUAAGAAUAGGUUUAAACAGAACAGGAAAGAGUUGCAGGCUAAGGUGGGUUAAUUACCUGCAUCCUGGCCUCAAACGUGGAAAGAUGACUCAUCAAGAAGAGCGUCUUGUCCUUGAGCUGCACGCCACAUGGGGAAACAGGUGGUCAAAAAUCGCAAAGAAAUUGCCUGGUCGAACAGAUAAUGAGAUAAAGAAUUACUGGAGGACUCAUAUGAGGAAGCAGGCACAAGAGAAAAAGCGACCUAUGUCGCCAACUUCCUCAUCUUCAAACUGCUGCUCAUCGUCUAUGACCCAAGACACUGUAGGAUCCAAUGGCAAAAUGAAUCAAGAAUGUGAUGAUGGAAACUACUCUAUGGAUGACAUAUGGAGAGAGAUUGAUCAAUCUGGAGCAAACAUUAUUAAACCGGUAAAAGACAUCUACUACUCAGAGCAAAGCUGUCACUUUAAUUUCCAUCCUCUUCCUCUGGCUUCUCCAACAUGGGAAAGCUCCUUGGAGUCUACAUGGAACAUGGAUGCAUACGAAAGUAAGAUGUCUUCUUUUGCUAUUGAUCAAUUUCCUCUCAGUUUUGAACAUGGUAGAUCAUCAUGGUCGUCUUUAGUCUAGGAUUUGAUUCAUUUGAAUGUUUAUAUGUGAAGCUUAUAUGUAUUAUCAUAUCCAUCUCCCUUUUUAUCAAAAAUAUGUUUUCAUGGAUACUAUGUGUAAUAUAAGUCAGAACUCUAUUUCAAAAUGAAUAGAUUUUAAUGUUUC